GUUUGGGUUCACUUUAUUAUUUUAAUUACUCGAAUUAGACGCAUUGCACUAUAAUGGAUUUAAUAAAAGAAAUAAAUGAAAAGUAUCAAGCACUGGAGGCUGAGAUUGAUAAGAAACUGGAAAAAGUGCAGGCUGAGGAACUAAAAUUAGAACGUCAAAGCGAGAAAUUGGCGGAGAAGGCAACAGCCACACAGUCGCACAAAAUCUUAUCCUACGAAGAAGCAUUACAGAGAAAUGCGAAUACUCUAAAGUCAUUAGAAAUAGCAAAGGCCCGUUUACGCUCACGUUCUACGUAUUCGCCUGUCGAAAAGCUGAUGCAGCGUGCUCUAGAGAACUAUAAAAAUGAAUUGGCGAGCCUCAACAAACAAGAGCACAAAAACACAGGCAACAGCAAACCAAAGAAACAGGAGCUGGCCGGUCAAGCAAAUGUGGGCGAUGAUGACGCAAAAGAGGAGGAAAAUCUAUACGACCUGAUCAUGCAUGAUGUGUUGGAGGCCAGCAGCAAAAGCUACACAGCAACUGGCGAAAGUCGUCGCAAUUGACAAUUUCAUGCAAUUCUACUAGUCAAGGCAAGACGUGUCGCUCGAGCAACUGGAGUUUAGCAGAAAAAAAUUCAAUUCACAAGCUGAAUAAAUAGACACCAACCAAAUGUACACACAUGACAAAAUGCGAGCUGUAUACUUUUUCCCCACUGUCAACAAGAACCCAAAACGAAUAAACAUCCAGUGCAGCCAGUGACAGGUGUAUCCAAUGGGAAAGCACCACACAAGAUCUAACCAAAAGCUGGCAAUCCUAUCACAACUAA